AUGUCUGACACGAGACAAAAAGUUUAUUUUGAUAUUUCUAUUGGUGGAAAACCGGCGGGUCGUGUGGUUUUUGAGUUGUUUAAUGACAUUGUUCCAAAAACUUGCGAGAAUUUUUAUAAACUAUGUGAAGGCAAAGCCGGCUUCUGUAAAACCAAACCUGAUACUCCUUUAUGUUACAAAAAUUCUAUUUUCCACAGGGUAAUUAAGAAUUUUAUGCUUCAAUUUGGUGAUUUCACCAAUUUCGAUGGUCGCGGUGGCGAAAGUGUUUACGGUGAAAAGUUUGAGGAUGAAAAUUUCGAACUAAAGCAUGAUUCUCCUUUUUUAUUAUCUAUGGCUAAUGCCGGUCCAAACACAAAUGGUAGUCAAUGUUUCAUUACCACUACUGCAACCCCACACUUAGAUGGUAAACAUGUAGUAUUCGGUAAAGUUAUUCAAGGGAAAAGAGUGGUUCGUACUAUUGAAAAUCAAAAGACAGAUGAUAAUGACAAACCAUUACAGGAUGUCGUUAUAUCUGAUUGUGGUACUUUGCCAAAUGAUUAUGUUGUUCCAGCAGAUGCUGAAAAAGCACCAGUUGAUCAAUACGGUGAUGACUAUGAGGAUUCCUUAUCUGCUGAACCAAGAGCGGAUACAAAUGAUUUUACCAGUGUUAUUAAAUGUGUCAAUGCUAUUAAGGAGAUUGGUACCAAAGUUUUUAAAGAACAAAAAUAUGAUGUCGCUUUGGAAAAGUACAAAAAAUGCGCUAAUUACGUGACUGAGUACUUUCCGGAUGACCUAUCAAAAGACCAAUUGAAGGAACUAAAUGAUUUGAAAAAGUCUAUCUAUUUGAAUCUUGCCCUAGCUGCAUUGAAGGAAGGUUCAUACAAGGAUGUUUUGGAACCAGCUACUCAAGUUUUGCACAUUGAGGGUGUUGAUGAGAAAGCACAGGCUAAGGCUUUGUAUAGACGUGGGCUAGCUUAUUACAAUUUGAAAGAUCCAGAGAUGGCUCUAACAGAUUUAGAAUUGGCUGCGUCUUAUCAGCAUGGUGACGCUGGUAUUUUACAGGCUAUUAAAAAUGCUAAAAUUCUAAAGAAAAAGCAGAGAGAACAACAAAAAAAGCAAUUUUCUAAGAUGUUUACUUGA